UUGACAGCUGCCAGUGCAAAAAGAAAAACUAAAAAAAGUAAGUCAAAUUGAAAAAAGACGCUGUCGAAGUUUUUUUUUACAAGUUUUCAAUAAAUAUGUUAGAAUAGUUACUCCAAAAAAUUAAAAAUGCGUUGAAUAUAAAAAAUUAACUACAAAUUACUUAUUUUCUGGUAUAAAGUUGCUCAGAUGAGCUCUUGUGGGACACAAGUAACGCACGCACCUUUCUUAUAAAAACCGGAAAUUUAUCAAAAUUAAUUAAGAAAACACCAAAGAAUAAACUAAAAGUUAAUAACAUAAAUAAAGACCCAAAAGAAGAAGAAAACAUAAUAAUAAAAUUUUAAAACACUUGUAUAAACAUCCUCUUCAUCAACCACCAAAUAUCAUUGACAAACGACAGACACAUAUUUAAUGCCAUGAGCAAUUGUCUAAUUUUGAAGAAAAGCCAGAAAAUUAGAAAAACAACAAUUAAUUAAAAAACAGCUGUAUUGUGGAAAAGCAAUUUUACUACAACUCGUGUAUUAUAGUUUUAAAAAGAAAAUUGACUCAGAAAAUAAACACAUUGCCUGUCUCUGUGUGUGAAUGAGUGCGUCUGGCUGCUGCCAUUAAUUCAAGUGUUUUGCAGAAAAUAAUUAAUUUGUUUCGAACAAUUUUUACAUUUAAUUAAAAGCGCGUUAUAGUUGUCCUAUAUAUGCUGAAAAAUAUAUAAAUUUUAGACUAACUAAAUACAAUUAAAUAGCAUUACAAAUAUGUCAAAAUUAUUUUUAUUACUGUUUUGUGCCGCCUUUAUAUUGGUUGUUAGCACAAUGCCAGCAUAUGCUGGCGUAACCCAACAUAAACAUGAAAAACACUCGAGCAAAGAACGUGUCAAGGAUGGUGUCUAUCAGGCCAGAGAUGCACAUCAUCAUGAAAAUGGUGAACACAAUGUAGAAUUCGAUCAUGAAGCCAUUAUUGGCAACGUCAAAGAAGCCCAAGAAUUCGAUAACUUAUCACCGGAGGAGUCAAAGAAACGUUUAACCGUUUUAAUACGUAUGAUGGAUUUAAAUAAUGAUCAAUACAUCGAUCGUCAUGAGCUGAAAGCCUGGAUAUUAAGGUCUUUUAAAAAACUUGCUGAAGAAGAGGCAGCUGAUCGUUUUGAAGAAAUGGAUCAGGACAACAAUGACCAAGUGACCUGGAAAGAAUAUCUUUUAGAUGUUUAUGCCAUGGAAGAUGAAAACUACAAAAAAGAAGUCAUCGAUUUCGAUAGCUACGACGAAGAACAAAAAAUGAUUAAAGACGAUAAGGAAAUGUUCCAAGCGGCCGAUUUAAAUAAGGAUGGCAUGUUAAAUUCCGAAGAAUUCGUUUUAUUCCAAAAUCCUGAAGAGCACCCACAAAUGUUACCCGUUGUAUUGGAACAAACAAUGCGCGAUAAGGAUAAAAAUAAUGAUGGUAAAAUUGAUUUCAAAGAAUUUGUAGGGGAGACCGCUGAACAUCACGACAAAGAAUGGUUGAUCACUGAAAAGGAACGUUUCGAUAAGGAUUACGAUUUAAAUAGUGAUGGUGUAUUAGCUGGCAAUGAAGUCUUGAGUUGGAUAGUGCCCAGUAAUGAUGUGGUGGCCACCGAUGAAGUUGAUCAUUUGUUUGUGUCAACAGAUGAAGAUCAUGACGAUCGUUUGUCUUACUUUGAAAUACUUAACAACUAUGAGACAUUUGUGGGUAGUGAGGCAACAGAUUAUGGUGAUCAUUUACAAAAUAUACAUCAUUUGGCUGAUGAAUUGUAAAGUGUGUGUUGUGUGUAACGUUUAAGUUCUUUACAUAAGUGAUCGUAUUUAUUUUUUAUUAUGAUUUACAACUACCUUAACUUCAUAUUACCUCCAAAUGUAGCUUUUAGUUUUAUUUAAAAGUGCUAUCAUUUUUUUUAUUAUUUUUAAUGUAUUUUUUUACAUUUAUUUUAUUUAAAAUUUAUCAUUAGUUUUAUUAAUGCCAAUAAUUUAA